AUGCCUGUGAACCAGGCACCCUAUGCACUCAUGCCUCCACCCAUAUUCUACCCAAUGCCAUGCCCUCAAUACCAGCCGGCAACUCCUGCCUGGACUCCCGCUCCCCAAGCACCCAUGCCCAUGCCUCCGCCACCACCACCAGCGCACUUCCCACCACCACUCCCUCCCAUGCAAGCGCCCUUGCAGGCUCCCGAAGCACCGCCCACGGCACAUCCGGCGCCCUCCAAGGAGCCAAGCACGCACAAGCCCCGCUGGGCAGACCUGUCCGAGGAGCCCCCAAGGUGCGAUCUCACAGAUGUCGCGACCUCGUCCCAGGAGCCCCUUCCCACGCUGCUUCCCCGCCCUCCACAUGGCCCGCAAGGGAAGGGGCGAGGGAAAGGAGGCAAAGGGCACGGCAAGGGAAAGGGGACGAGAAAGUGGCGCCAGUAA